CCUCUUGCCGGACGGCGCGGGGCUGAGUUCCGCAGGACCGGAGAUUUUAGGAAGUUUGUGGAGCGCUGGACGAGUGACGUAAGCAGGGGGGCGGGUCCCGGACAAAUAAAUACAGGCUGGCGGCUUUGGGCUUCAUUCAUAAGACUGAGAGGUACGGCUUCGGCAGGGACAGGCGGAGCUGAGACUUGGGGACUUGAUUGUUGUGGUUCUUGGGGGCUGUGAAGUUCGCUUUAUUAUUUUUUUCCGGAGAGAAAGUUUUGGGGAGGAUUCUUCUAGAUAAUUCUACAUUUUAUUUUGGAGGAGCGACUUACUCUUUUUGUCUUCUUUAUUACUCCCCUCCCCCCGUGGGACCCGCUGGACGCGUGGAGAAGACCGCACCCGAAGCGGAUUCUAUACAGCAAGACAGCGCUUUCCGCCUCUGGGGGAGCGAUCCCCCCCACGCCCCUGGGUCCUACGGAGCCUGGACUUUCAGGAGGCACAGCGGCAUCUUGUGGGGGCCUGGGCACCGCAGAGGAAUUGCACAGAAACUUUGCCAUUGUUGGAGCGGGACGCUGCCCCCAUCCCGAGUUUCCUCGGACAGCGCGCUUUGGGGACGCGCUCGGCUCACCCCGGACUCGCACCUUUCUCUUCCACCCGGCCAUAGCCUUGGCUUCCCGGCGACCUCAGCGUGGUCACAGGGCCCCCCCUGUGCCCAGGGAAAUGUUUCAAGCUUUCCCCGGAGACUACGACUCCGGCUCCCGGUGCAGCUCCUCACCCUCCGCCGAGUCUCAGUAUCUGUCUUCGGUGGACUCCUUCGGCAGUCCACCCACUGCCGCCGCCUCCCAGGAGUGCGCCGGUCUCGGGGAAAUGCCCGGUUCCUUCGUGCCCACGGUCACCGCGAUCACAACCAGCCAGGACCUCCAGUGGCUCGUGCAACCCACCCUCAUCUCUUCCAUGGCCCAGUCCCAGGGGCAACCACUGGCCUCCCAGCCCCCGGCCGUCGACCCCUACGACAUGCCAGGAACCAGUUACUCCACGCCGGGCAUGAGUGGCUACGGCAGUGGCGGAGCCAGUGGCAGUGGCGGGCCUUCCACCAGCGGAGCCGCCAGCGGACCUGGGCCUUCCCGUCCGGCCCGAGCCCGGCCUAGGAGACCCCGAGAGGAGACGCUGACUCCGGAAGAGGAGGAGAAGAGAAGGGUUCGCCGGGAAAGAAACAAACUGGCAGCAGCAAAGUGUAGGAACCGUCGGCGGGAACUGACCGACCGACUCCAGGCGGAGACAGAUCAGCUGGAGGAAGAAAAGGCAGAGCUGGAGUCGGAGAUCGCCGAGCUCCAAAAGGAGAAGGAACGUCUGGAGUUUGUGCUGGUGGCCCACAAACCGGGCUGCAAGAUCCCCUACGAAGAGGGGCCGGGGCCGGGCCCGCUGGCGGAGGUGAGAGAUUUGCCGGGGUCAGCAUCCGCUAAGGAAGAUGGUUUCAGCUGGCUGCUGCCGCCCCCACCACCACCGCCCCUGCCCUUCCAGACCGGCCAAGACGCAUCCCCCAACCUGACAGCUUCUCUCUUUACACACAGUGAAGUUCAAGUCCUCGGUGACCCCUUCCCCGUUGUUAACCCUUCGUACACUUCCUCGUUUGUCCUCACCUGCCCGGACGUCUCCGCGUUCACCGGCGCCCAACGCCCCAGCGGCAGUGACCAGCCUUCCGACCCCCUGAACUCGCCCUCCCUUCUUGCUCUGUGAACUCUUUAGACACAAACCAAACACACACACAAGGGAGAGAGAUUUGGAAGAGGAGGAGGAGAGAGAGAGAUUGGGGAAGAGACAAAGCGGGCGUGUGGCCUUCCUGCCUCUCGUGUCUGACUCCCUGCGACCACUGUCAUCGGACAGGAGGACCUCCUUGUGUUUUGUGCCGCCUCUUGUUUCUAUGGCCCGGCGAGGCCACAAAGUUGGUGACUUUGGGGGCAGGGGGUGGGGAGGGAAUGGACACCCCCCAGCUGCCUGUUGGCCCUUUCACCUCAUCCCAA